AUGUACAAAAUGCAACUCUUGUCUUGCAUCGCACUGACGCUUGUACUUGUCGCAAACAGUGCACCUAUUACUUCAAGCUCUACGAAGGAAACAGAGCAACAGAUGGAGCAAUUACUACUGGAUUUACAGUUGCUUUUGAAUGGAGUUAAUAAUUAUGAGAACCCCCAACUCUCCAGGAUGCUCACAUUUAAGUUUUACACCCCAAGAAGGUAAGCCACAGAAUUUACACACCUUCAAUGUCUAGCAGAAGAACUAAAAAACCUGGAGGAAGUGCUAGGUUUACCUCAAAGCAAAAACGUUCACUUGACAGACACCAAGGAAUUAAUCAGCAAUAUGAAUGUAACACUUCUGAAACUAAAGGGAUCUGAAACAAGUUACAACUGUGAAUAUGAUGACGAGACAGCAACCAUUACAGAAUUUCUGAACAAAUGGAUUACCUUUUGUCAAAGCAUCUUCUCAACACUGACUCGAUAA